GAUCUGUUUAUUCCAUUUAAUAGAAAAUAUAGUUAAACACAUCAGUGUAUGAACAUAUGAUACAAACCCUCCAAAUUAAUGGAAUUAUUAAUUGAAAGGAAAACGUGUUUUGGAAUGAGAGCACAUAUCGAAAUUUCAUAGUGUUCAUCACACAAUUCUACUUUUUUUGGACAAUAGGACUCAAAUGACUGUAGCAAAGGAUCAGGGUGUUAAGAAUGUCUAGAGAACAUACAAAAGAUUCAAUAAUUGCAUUAGAGAAAGCACUCCAUAAUGUGUGCGUGAACUUGAAGUACAGACUUUCUAGCACUUCAAGAGGUUUUCCAGCACGUUAUCAUACAGAUGAUUCUUGAUAAAGCACAUCAUUAAUACUAAGCAUCUCACCAAACUGAAGAAUUUUAAAAUAACUUUUACUAAUGUCAGAUGGACAAUUUAGUCAGCAUUUUUUCAGCUCAAAGUAACACAAGAUUUUGAAUUAAACUUUCAUAUCUGAUUUGCAAGCAGUAGGCUUCUUGUGGUUCUCAUCCUGAACACUUAGGUUCCUUGAACGAUCUUGCACUUUGACACAUUUAAUACAGAUGGCUUUCUAGAAGAAAUGAAGCAUUGCUGUUCUAGUUGAUCCAGAUACCCAGAUUUUGUGGGAUUUUUUGUUCAAGCUUUAUCAGGUGACUUAAGAGAAUGUCUACAGAAACAUUCUUUUAACUGUGCAGUACUCAUAAAGUUAUAAACAACUUCUUAAAUGAUUUACUACCAGGUAUCUUAACUCUGCAGGCUACUGGGCAUUGCAUUUUUCUGUUGUUCUUUUUAGGUUGUUCUGAGUUCUUUAGGACCACGCAUUUUUAUAUUAUAUUUAGGAAGACUGCCUCAAAAGAAGAAAAUUAUUUCUGUGCUAAAGCCAGAUGGAAACUUGCCAUGAAAUUAGGACCUUGGAAUGAUUCAACAAGGGAUUCAACGUUUCUUAAACUUGUUAGAGUGAAAGGAACUUGAAACUGUUUCAAUUUCAAGCUGCACUCUUUCUUUGUUUCUUCAUACUGAGAGAAGAUUGUUAACUAUAAGAGAACUUCCCAACUUGCUGCUUAAGUUUUUUUUGUUCCACUACCUAGUCUGAAGAGCAGCAUUAUGAGAUGCAUGAAUGCCAGAAAAUCCUACAAUUUUAUCACCUUUGUAGAUGUGUUUUUGGUCUUGAAAAAUAAAAGGUAUUAACAAGAUAUGUCCUGGAUGGACCACAGAAAAAUUCACCCAAGAACACUUUACAGAUCCUGAGUUUUUGAAACUUCUGUGCAUCCAGUUUUACCAAUUGCCUCGCAAACAUAAUCCUGACCAAGUCAGGGGAAAAUGCAAACAAAAGUUGUGCAUUUAAUCAUAUUUUCUUUUUCCUAGUCUGGUUGCGGCUCGUAAGUCGUCUGAUUGAAUCAGACAUACAACCUUUGCGUGAACCCAAUGCGCUAUUAAGAGGCAGCUACAGGAAUGGCUGGAUUCCCAAAAGCUGUUGCUUAAAUGAGCCCAGUCAAGUAGUUCACCUCCAUUUCAGAGACGAAACAGUUAAAGAGCUCUCAGUGUUCCCCCGUGCCCGGGAGGCAGCCUUUGUGUUUAACGUUGGCAGGGGCUCGGUUCGGGCUGCAGGCUUGUUUUAAUUGGGGGAGGGGGCAGAACGGAGAGGACGCUCAGCCUUCUGCUUCAGUCUGUCUUUCCGUUACUGAUUCAGCGGAGGUGGAGAUUGUCUAUCCCACCCAGUCAGCGGCAGGCGGGAGGAUCUGCCGAGACUAUCCCAGGAAAAGCUCUCGGAGGAAUUCGCGGCAGCGGGGGCAGCAGCCGCAGCAUGAGCGCGGAGCCGGGGCCGGCCGGACGGCUGGGCUGAGUGCGCGGAGCCGGCCGCGGGGCAGCAGCCCGCAGGUGCAAAAGUAUUUCACUGAGAUACUGAAAAAACCUGUCUCGCUGACUUUGCCCAUUUGGGACUUAGUGAUGGAAGCCUUGUAUUUACGAGUUUCUUUGCUGCUGCUGCUUUUGGGAUUUGUCCUCUGUGACAGCUCUGACAGAUACGCUACUAAUCGGAGUGAUGUGGGAAUCCACCUUUCCACUUCCUCAGGGAUUGAAUCCAGCUUACUCCCCGCCACUAGACGGCCCCUGGUAUCCAACCAAACUGUCAAAUGCUCCCAGCAGACUAAGAUUGCUGAAACUUUUAAAUACAUUAACACAGUGGUAUCUUGUGCUAUUUUCAUCGUUGGAAUGGUUGGGAAUGCAACUCUGCUGAGGAUCAUUUACCAGAACAAGUGUAUGAGGAAUGGCCCGAAUGCACUGAUAGCCAGUCUGGCACUAGGAGACCUUAUCUAUAUUGUCAUUGAUAUUCCUAUCAAUGUGUACAAGCUCCUGGCUCAGAAGUGGCCUUUUGGAGAUUCUGAAUUUGGGCAGUUUCUUUGCAAAUUCCUUCCCUUUAUACAGAAGGCAUCAGUGGGAAUCACAGUCCUUAAUCUCUGUGCACUUAGCGUGGACAGGUAUAGAGCAGUUGCCUCCUGGAGCCGCGUUCAGGGAAUUGGAAUCCCUAUGAUCACUGCUAUUGAAAUUUUCUCCAUUUGGCUUCUGUCUUUUAUACUGGCUAUUCCAGAAGCCAUUAGUUUUGCUGUGGUACCUUUCAAAUACAAGGAUGAAAGUUACGUUACCUGCAUGCUCAACCCUACAAAUAAAUUCAUGUUCUUUUACAAAGAUGCAAAGGAUUGGUGGCUGUUUGGUUUCUAUUUCUGCAUGCCACUGGCAUGUACUGCCAUCUUCUAUACGCUAAUGACUUGUGAAAUGUUAAACAGAAGGAACAGCAACUUGAGAAUUGCUCUCAGUGAACACCUUAAGCAGCGUCGAGAAGUUGCAAAGACAGUUUUCUGUUUGGUAGUGAUAUUUGCUCUUUGCUGGUUCCCCCUUCAUUUGAGCCGAAUUUUGAAGAAAAUGGUAUACAAUGAAAGAGAUCCCGGCAGAUGUGAACUGCUCAGUUUCUUGCUGCCAUUGGAUUAUAUCAGCAUCAACCUGGCAACUAUGAACUCUUGUAUAAACCCAAUAGCACUCUAUUUUGUGAGCAAGAAGUUUAAAAACUGUUUUCAGUCGUGUCUUUGUUGUUGCUGCUCCCAAUCAAAAACUUUAGCGACUUCAGUGCCCAUGAAUGGAACAAGCAUCCAGUGGAAAAACCAAGAAUUAAACAAUCACAACACAGAUCGAAGCAGCCAUAAAGACAGCAUAAACUGAAUACUAAGGACUCUGACACCACUUCAGAAUCAAUCAGGAAAAUAAAUAUCACAACAAAGUUGUUUCUACAAGAAACCUAAUGAGUGUUCUAUCAUCAAUUCAGAAGUAUACAUCCUUGUAGCUAUCUCUAGAGUUGACAGACUAUAGCUGUGAUGCUUUGUGAGCAGAGAUCUACUGGACGGUAAUUCUGCCUCUGAGAGUUAUGACGAGUAUAAAACCUAAAAAAAUGACAUGACCCACACAGGUAGUUUGCUCUUCUGAAACAAGCAGAAACUAUUCAGCGUCUAACUGGUACAUCACAGUCUUCUUACCUGAUUGUCACUAAGAAUUAUCACUACGGAAUUCUUCUGAAAAUAUUUAAGUGGAAUCUGUGUAUAUUUUCUCUCUGCCCAUUUGUCUUUCAAAUUCUGUUUUUGUGGUGAACAUAUUCCAUGCACCACUACAUUUUUCAUGUUGUCAUUGGUAUUUUUAUUCAGGUUUAUUUUGGAAAAUGCUUUGUUCCACAUCAGUAUGUUAUUUACUUAUUGUAACAUAAGUCAUGAUAUCAGCUGGGCAGCUCACAUUUAUAGCACUUGAGUACCCAAAAAUACGAAGAAACCAUACAAAAGAGCAACAACAUUUGGCACUUAAGCACAGAUUAAUACCAAAAAAGAGGUACUAAUAAUGCAGUACUGUGCUGUGUUAUUUAUUUUAAAGCUUUGUAUAAAAUAAACAAUCUAUAUCAGCAAAAUGAAUAAAAGAUGUCCUCGGACAGGCAUCUUACAAUGUGUUUUCAAUUAACCUGUCAUGUUAAUUCUUAGACUAUAUUAACCUAUUAAUUUACUUGGACUAUAGCUGCUUAAAUCUGUGUCAAAAUGAGAGUCACUGGAACACAGUGAAAUAUUAAUAAACCUGUUCAAAGAGU